UUGCUACAGGCUGCAAGAUCGAAGUCAAGAGACACAAGAUCUCCUGCACGUGCAAGGAAAACUACUCCAAAGGCUGCGAAGUCUCCAAAGCCGGCGAAACCAGCAAAGGCUACAAAAGUUACAAAAAGGGGAAAGGCUGGAGCGUCUCAAUCUCGUUCUCGCUCGGCAAGCCGAGGACGCCAAACAAAGAAAGUGGUCACCCCCAAGACUGCCCCUGCUCCUCCAAAAACCACAAGAAGCAGGUCAUCUUCCCGCGCACGUGUUGCUCCUAAGCCUCUAGAAAAGGAAGAGAGUGUGACACCUCCAACUUCUCGAACUUCUCGGGUCAGCGAACGUAGAAAGCCACAAGCUACUUCAACUCCCAUUAGAACUCUUCGUUCAGAUAGCCACUCACCAUCAAAGACUCAAAUCACUAAGGUUUCACCCUGUCCUCUUUAUCCAAACAUUGUGUGUGACAUCGGCCGAAAAGCAGUGAACUUUGUGAAAGAAAACUCUAAGGACUUGUUCAUCAGUUUCCUCAUAAUUGGACUUCUUUCUGUUCUUACACAUUUCAUCUUGUUCUACGAUCCCGCACACAUCAGAAGUCAUUUACAAAGUAUUCCAGGAAGAAUACAGAUCUUCGCUAAAAGCGCCUAUGCAUCGUUGAGAAAAUAA